GGAGUGUUCUUCGUGUCCGUGGUGGUCGUAGGUUGGCCAAAGCGUGAUCAGAUGUCGCGACGAUCGUCGGAAUGAGCGCGCUGCCAAAGAUGGUUGACAAGGGAAAAUGUAGUGGUGGUGCGGUGCCGAGUUUACGUAGAGGAGAGAAGCGAGUGUGAAUCGGUGGACCGCAUCUAUGUAAAACAGUCGAGUGUCGAGUCGUUGAAACAAGUGACCGUAGCUCUGAGAAAAUGGUGAGAUAGUGAGCGGCCGGCGUUAAGCAGACGACGACCAUGGCCUCCACACCAAAGUCGGAAAAGUAUGGAGAAGUCGAGGAAAGGCACAGCGGGAAGGCUCGGGGCGGUAAAUUGGCACGACGAGCGCGAUCCUUCAAGGAGGACUUCCUGGAGAAAUUGUCCCACAUGCGCUCUCCCGGCGGAAGUAGCGGCAGCGGGGGCGGGGCUCCAGGAGGCGGCAGCAGGACCGGGACUCGCGCCGCCUCGCCUUCGUCCCCCAGGACGUCCCGGGACAAAAACGCCGGCGGAGAUCCUCUGGAGAAGAACCCGCUCCACGACCUGCACAACCAUGUCCGACAAGUUCAGCUAGCGCUGUUGCACUUCCGAGACGUCGUCUCGAAGAACAAGCUCGAGAUGCUUCCAGGGAACGGCACGAUCGUCCUGGAAACUGUCACGACGAUACACACUGUCUUGAAAUCCUAUCUGCUCUACGAGAACAGUUCUACCUUGGGAUCGGCUACGAAUCAAGUUUACCAAGCAUUGGCGCAGCUGUUGAAGCUGUGCGACGACGUCUUGCUUCACGGUGACCAGUCUUCGGCUCUGGAUAGCGACAACGUAACCCAUGUGAUCAGCCUGGUAGAAGAAGCUGUCAAGAAUCUGGUCAGUCUGGCUCAGGAGAAGAUAUUCAACAGGCAGAAGCCUGCGCCGAUAACGACGAAUAACAGGUACAGAACUUCUGGAUUUGGAUCGGAACUCAUGCCACAACGAAACUCUUUACCCGACAUUCCACUCACUCCGAGAGAAAGACAGAUUCUGGAGCAGACUGCAACCGCCAACACUUUGGUUCGCAGUUCGCACAGUUCCGAAUCCAUACUCAGGGACUCCAGUCCGCCGCCUAAACCACCGCUGCCGGAUAGGACCAACGUAUCCGCUUCCGAAGAAAACAGUUCCACUGGACCACCACCGCCACUUCCGCCGAAGAAAAGAACUCGAGCUCAGCAGCUGCUCGAUGAGUCGGAAACACUUCUUGCGUCUAGUUUAGACAGGGUUUCCCUCCGGAGUCGGUCGCCAGAAGACUCGUCCUCGCUCCUGAGCGCUUCGGCUGGGAGUCUCGAUUCCGCCUUGAAUCACUCACGGGAUGAAGAUGAAAUCCGCGCCAUCAUGGGUCCCAAUGAUGAGUCUCUUAAUGACAGUAUGGAUCUCAGUCUGAUGGCUACAAUUCAAGGCAUGCAGGUGAACGGUAACACAAGCUGUGGAUGCUGGGACAAUUCAGAACCAAAUCUUCCUAGCACGAUGCUGCUUGGUCAGCAAACUCCACAGGAUAUUCUCCACCCUUUUACCGGUAUAGAGGGCAAAAUGGAACGACUAUCAACGCAGACUCAAGAGUCUGGUUUUGCAUCAAUGCACUCGCAGCGUAGUUCGUCUCAGAGCUACACGACUGCAUCCAGCAUGACUUCGAAAAGGUCUUCACAGCAAAGUAGCAUAAGUUUUAAUUCACAAUCAUUCAGUUCUCAACAACAAUCGUUUUCCCAACAAAAAAUAUCUGCGGAUAGUAACGGAUCGGUUUUCUCUCAAAGGACAAUCACAAGCUCAAGAAGCACCCAUUGCACCACAAACAUCAGCGGCAAUGGGGAUGCAGCCUUGCUUGAAAAACUGGUAAAUGAACUUGACGGCACCAGCAGACCUGAUAUGAACGGUAUACCACCAGCCCUUCCAGAAAAGAGAUUGAGGCGUCGUAAGGAACGGCAGCCUUCGCAGUAUGACAAUGUACCUGAGAACGAACAUUUGUCAACGUGCAGUUUGCACACGACCAACAGCGACAGUCCAGACACAAACAAACCUCCGCCAUUGCCUCUGAAGAAACGGCACAUGUUCCAAUCAGUGGCAUAUUCCGUUAUGGCUUAUAUGGAGAUGUUUGGGAACUGCGCCCACAGCAACAACGACUUCAUAUCUGGAUUGGGAACACGACAUUCGGUAGCCGCUUACAAUUCCAUGCAAGCCGAAUGGCAGCAGCAUGAAAUGUCGCUUACCACGACGCAGUCUUGUUCUUUUGUUGCGCAUUCAACCACGAGCACUCACGACGCCACAAGCAUUUCGGUAACCGUACCUCCGCUAAUAGAGGAUGUGAUGAAUAAUUAUAGUCUACCGCCAGCCUUGCCGCCGAAAAGGUGCCGGUCUAUCAAAUCGAACAACGUUACCCCUCCUCCAGUGUCGCCAAAGCCGGUUGUCAGUAUGCAAAAUAGCUUUUCUACCGACAUAGCUACUGUACCAAUAAAAUCUGCCGAACUGGUCGUGCCCAGUGCAAAGACAGAACCGAAUCCUUCGUCUCCAAGUGUAACAAUGCUGGUCAAUAACGUGCCACCGGAAAUCACAUUGCCGGCUUCACGACCAACUAGCAAUGCUCUAUCAACAGUUUCUGUUGGUGAGAAUGGGAUGAAUGCCCUGGACCUGUUGGAUGUAGAUCAAGAUGAAAGUAUUUUGGAAGAGUUGGACAUAAGCAAAUAUUUGGUAUUGAAAAAGCCGGAGGAAGACGGACCUGACAUACGUGGUGGACAUCCCGACGCUCUGAUCAUACAUGCCACUAAAGCCAACAAAAACGACGAAAAGGAAUCAGAUUUGUCAAAAUACUCAACUUUGUGUGCAGAUUUCCUGUACCAGGAAGCAUUCUUAACUACGUACAGAACAUUUCUGUCGCCGCUCGAGUUGAUCCAGAAGUUGCAUAGAAGACAUCAACGAUUUUCCUGUUUUCCGGAUGUGUUAAAGCAGCGAGCAGCUAAAGAGGCGUUCUCUCUGCUGGUCAGAGUUGUUAGCGAUUUAACGAUAUCGGAUCUGGAUGACGUGCUCCUCCAAACGCUGAUGGAGUUCGUGCAGCAACUGGUUUGCAGCGGGGAUCUGACGAUGGCCAAGGCUCUGAGAGUUAAAAUAUUGGAAAAACACCUGAGGAAGCGGCUGCAAGCAACUCAGCCGAUACUAUCGUCCCUGAGUGUUUCAACGAGACAAUCCUCCCUGCUGGAUUUCAAAAGCGAACAGAUCGCUGAGCAGAUGACACUCCUUGAUGCAGAACUUUUCAUCAACAUCGAGAUACCAGAAGUGCUGAUCUGGGCACAGGAGCAAAACGAGGAGAGAAGUCCAAACCUGACGAGGUUCACGGAGCACUUUAACAAAAUGUCGUAUUGGGCCAGAUCCCGAAUAUUGGAGCAGAACGAGCCAAAGGAUAGAGAGAAAUACGUCGUCAAGUUUAUAAAGAUAAUGAAACACCUCAGGAAAAUCAACAAUUUUAAUAGUUACCUCGCGCUCUUGUCAGCACUGGAUAGCGCGCCAAUCAGGAGGCUCGAAUGGCAAAAGCACAUUACCGAAGGCCUCAAGGAAUAUUGCGCUUUAAUCGACAGUUCAAGCAGCUUUCGAGCCUACAGACAAGCCUUGGCUGAGACUCAGCCACCAUGCAUUCCUUACAUAGGACUCGUUCUGCAAGACUUAACAUUCGUGCACAUCGGAAACAGCGACUUGUUACCUGACGGCACGAUUAAUUUUUCCAAACGGUGGCAGCAAUUCAACAUUGUCGAGAAUAUGAAGAGGUUCAAGAAAGGGAUGUAUACCUUUAAAAAGCAUGAACGUAUAAUAGCGUUCUUCAACAACUUCGAUGACUUCCUCUGUGAGGACUCUAUGUGGCAGAUCUCUGAGAGCAUCAAGCCCCGGGGGGGUAAGAAGACUCAUUCGCAAAACUAGAGCUUGUCUAACCCUUUCACAGCGUGCGUCUCUCAUCAUUAGACGAAAAGUACUAGCUUAGGAUAUUUAUAAUAUUUAUUUGGGUACUCGGAUAUACUGAUUUACGAAUUACUUCUAUACCGUGAAAGGGUUGGCUUGAGCAUGUUAUAAGAGAUCUAUUCCAUUCUUACAGCCUCCGUGAGGCUGAUCUUUAAUUUAUAGGAUAAAUAUAAGUUUAAGUAUAUACAACAUAUACAAUUGUCUAAAUUUUCUUUCAUCGUAGGAUUUAUGUUGAGCUGAGUGUAUAAAUUGAAGGGCGAUGAAUUUUGCUGUGUUAAUACAGAUUCGAGCGUUUGACUGAGAUUUCGGAAUUUCUCAAAGUAACUAGCUACAAAGCUAGGUAUUAAAUUAUAGAAUCGUUUUAUUCUCGAUAUGAACUCACAAUCAGUAGCAUUACUUGAAUUUCAUUACCGUUCUGACUUGGUGGUAAACUUUAGAAUCGCAA